AUGUUAAGUGUUAGGAUGCAUGCCAACCAACUCUUCCUAUCUGCGAUAUUUUCGAGCUUCGCUGUCUUUACGUUGGCAGUUGAUUUCGAAACAGACGUGGUCGUUGUCGGUGGUGGCCCUGCUGGGCUGAGUAGCUUGAGCUCUCUUGCCAGAGUCCGACGCAAAGCGAUAUUGUUCGACUCUCGAGAAUAUCGCAACGGAAACUAUGAAAGGGUACACGAUGUGAUAGGCUCCUCGGAUCUCAUGCCAGAAAGUCUGCGAUCAAAGGGACGUGCAGAGAUAUCGGCAUAUGCCGAGACGGCAUCGUUUAGGAUGGGAGUGACGGUGGACUCGAUAGUUCCCAUGCCUAAAGGCGUUACCACACUUUUUCACAUCGUGGACUCUGAAAACAAAACGUAUUCCGCCCGUAAAAUAAUCCUAGCUACCGGAAUUAAAGAUCGACUUCCAAAUUAUAUCAUGGAUUCUGGUUCGAUUGGCCCUGGAAUUUACUGGUGUCCUUGGUGUAGUGGCUAUGAGAAUAGAGACGUACCUAUAGGAAUUCUGGGUAGGAUGAGCGAUGUUCUCGAUACCGUGCUUGAAAUAUCAACCCUUAACGGAAAUAUCACCGCUUUCGUUGAUGGUACUGAUACCCUGGAGGAAAAUCGUCUAGCAAAAGAAAAAUACCCGCGCUGGCGAGAACAACUUCAGAAAUAUCAAGUUCGAAUUGAAAACAGGACUAUCAAGGCCAUUGAACGACUGUCAACCUUUAAUGGUCAUCAACCACCAGAAGUAGACCUGAGAUCCAACCUUUUCAAGGUUCAUUUUGCUGACGGUUCUGUGACUGAAAGAAAUGCUUUUGUGUAUAACUUUCCAACAGACCAGCGCUCGCCUCUGGCCGCAAGACUAGGGCUUCAAAUAACCAAAGAUGGCAAGAUCAAAACAAUCAUCUCAAGCAUGCGCACAAGCAGUGACGGAGUCUUUGCUGUUGGAGAUGCAAAUAGUGAUGGAAGCACAAAUGUAGUUCAUGCAAUGUGGUCUGGCAAGAAGGCCGCUAUUGAAGCUCACAAGGAUAUAGAGCGUGAAAACUCUCUCUCUAUUAAUCAAGAUGAUCGACCCGUCGUGAUUAAAAGUGUGGAAGGUCACUGGCGCCUGAAGAAUGAGCGAGACGUCCUCAAUCGCUUCCAGGCACGCUCGUCACAUCUCCGACCACUGCUCGACGAGAUAGAAGACCCCACUGAACCGCCUAGCAUAGUUUUACGCUAUCUCGAUGAUGACCUUACGAGAGCCGAGGAAAAGCAAAGGCUAACUAGACAAGAGAUCAAAUAUAUAGCUAAGCAUCUGCUUGAAGGCCUGCGAACCCUACACAAAGACGGCUUUGUUCAUACUGGCAGCAAUGUUCUUGUAAAUUAUGGAGAGUGUGAACACCGGUUUGUCGAAGUACAACUUGCAGAUCUUGGUGGUGCAGUCAGUGAGAACUCCGAAUUUGCAAAGAAGGGGAUUAUGACUGGCACAAAUGUCUUUCGUGCCCCUGAAGUUCAUCUGGAGCUGCCAUGGGGUACUGCAUCGGAUAUUUGGUCAUUUGGAGUUACUCUCAUUAAUCAGAUAUGGGGGCUAAAUUUCCAUAUCUUCGAACCUAGAAAUAUCGGAAAGGAAGAAUCAUAUGACCUGCAUGUACUAAUGAAACAGCAUGAAUGGUUUGGGCCAUUCCCUCAUUCCAUGAAGGAUAUUGUGGAUGAAGGAGCCGACAAGAUCAUUUCAUACAUUUUUGAAAAUGUUGAACGAGUGGGAACGUUUCCAUAUGUAAAAGAAAGAGAGAUCUGCGAUAUAGAUAAGGCCUUCAUCCUCAAAAUCAUGAAGCUUGAUCCAAGGGAUCGUCCAACAGCUGCGGAUCUACUUCAUGAUGAGUGGUUCACGGAGAAAUCAGAGAGAACAGUGGGAUGGUACUCUGUAGACGAAUGGAGGGAAAUGGAAAAGGCGAAGAGGGCAACAGGAUGA